AUGGCUUUGGUUUCUCCCAUCCAACCCCCGGCGCAGAGCAGCUCUGAACAUCUCGUCUACCUCCCAGACCUGUUCUCCUCCAUCAUGGCCGUCAAACCGACCCUCAGCCCACAUUACCACGAUGCCAAAGCCGAGGCUGAUUCCUGGAUCCAACGGACCCUCCAUGCAGACGACAACUGGGCGGCCAAGAACUCGAGGGUAAACUUCGCCUAUAUGUCUUCCAUCUGGGCACCGACCUGCGACAAGGAUGAAUUCGACGAAGGCCACCUCAGCCAUGACCCUGCUGCGCAGCAGCAGGAGCUUGAUCGGACGAUGGCGAUCAUGGAGGGCACGCGUUCUCGAGUUUCGAGGGAUGAAGAUGAGCUGGGAUACGUGUUUCAGUCAGCAUGGGAUCGAGUAAAGGAGCGCUCGUCGGAAGUCACGCAACAGCGCUACAGAGACAUGCACCGAGGCUUCUUCGAUGGAAUUCUCAAGCAGGUCGAGCACAUCCAUGAACAGCGCGUGUUCACCCGCAAUGUGGACGAGUACAUGGACAUGCGCCGCCGCACUAUUGGCGUGCACCCGGUGAUUGUUCUCUGCGAGUGUGUUCUUGGCAUCCAUAUUCCAUCGAAUGUUGUUACACACCCGUCCCUCGAGGAGCUGGGUGAGCUCUCGGCUGAUCUGGUGAUGCUGGUUAAUGACCUUGUUUCAUACAAGAAGGACCUGGAGCAAGGGGUCGAUCACAACUUGAUCGUGCUCCUAACCGCGCGGGGACUGUCGCGCCAACAAGCCGUAGAUGAAAUCGGGAGCAUGCUGGAUGCGCGCUAUAGGCGGUGGUAUGCAGUGCUGGCGGACAUGCCGAUCUGGGGCGAGGAAAUCGAUCGCCAGGUGAUUCGGUAUAGUGAGAUUUGUCGGAAUAUAGCAUUGGGGAGCCUUUAUUGGAGGUGA